AAUAAAAGUAGCUCCGAAAGGCAAACUAUAAAUACUUAAAAUAAUCCACCUCCUAAAAUCCAAACACAAACUCGCCUCUGCUUCAUCACCAGACCAACAAUGGCAGCUACACCUACCUCUUCCACUAUCUUCUCCCCUUCUACUUCUUCCUUCUCGCUCAACAAUCAUUUCUCUCCAAGAAACUCCAUCUCACCGCCACUGGGUUCGGUUUCUUUUGCACCAAAAACCCAUACUCAAACCUCCCUCACCACAACCUUUAUAGCCUUCUCCGUCAAACAAAAGCCUCGCCGGAGUUCACUUCAAGUGAGAUCAGUGGCUGCUCAAGUAGAAGAUGUUGCUGGAUUUGAUGAGAUGAUUUCUGGUACACAACGAAAGUAUUACAUGCUUGGUGGAAAGGGGGGAGUAGGAAAGACAAGUUGUGCUGCUUCACUUGCUGUGAAAUUCGCAAAUAAUGGGCAUCCCACUUUAGUGGUGUCAACCGAUCCAGCACAUUCUUUAAGUGAUUCUUUUGCUCAAAACUUAACCGGAGGGACAUUAGUAGCAGUUGAUGGACCUGAUUGCCCACUUUAUGCACUUGAGAUUAACCCUGAAAAGGCCAGGGAAGAAUUUCGUAGUGCUAGUCAGAAAAAUGGAGGCACUGGAGUAAAAGAUUUUAUGGACGGGAUGGGCCUUGGAAUGAUUGUUGAUCAGUUAGGAGAGUUGAAAUUGGGGGAGCUUCUGGAUACGCCGCCUCCUGGUUUGGAUGAAGCAAUAGCAAUUUCAAAAGUGAUACAAUUUUUAGAAUCAGAGGAAUAUAACAUGUUUACUCGAAUAGUUUUUGAUACUGCGCCAACGGGACAUACAUUGCGGCUUUUGUCUCUGCCAGACUUCCUGGAUGCAUCCAUAGGCAAGCUAUUGAAGCUUAAACAAAAAAUAUCUUCCGCCACAUCUGCAAUCAAAUCUGUUUUUGGGCAAGAAGAUAGCCGACAGGAUGCAGCUGACAAAUUGGAAAAGCUCAGGGAAAGGAUGAUAAAAGUGCGGGAGCUUUUUCGUGAUACAGAAUCCACUGAGUUUGUCAUUGUAACAAUUCCCACGGUAAUGGCAGUUAAUGAGUCAUCUCGGCUGCGCGCCUCCCUAACGAAGGAGAGUGUUCCUGUUAAAAAGCUUAUUGUCAAUCAAAUUCUUCCUCCAUCUACGUCGGACUGCAAGUUCUGUGCAAUGAAAAGAAAGGAUCAAACGCGUGCUCUCGAUAUGAUACGAAGUGACACAGAACUCUCCGGUUUGACAUUGAUAGAAGCUCCCUUAGUUGAUGUAGAGAUCAGAGGUGUUCCGGCGCUACAAUUUUUGGGGGAUAUUAUAUGGAAAUGAGUUUCUGCAGAAACUAUACACAUUUUGAUAAUUGUAUACAUAUUUUAAAAUUGAAAAAUUGGAAAAUUUUUAAUUUCUUUUGAACAGUUCCCAAA